UGGUGGACAUUGCAUUGUGGGAAGGGAAAGUGGAGCUGCUGUCGGCCGUCGAAACUGCUCAAUUUGGCGAAUAUCUUAUAUCCAUUAGUGAGCAGCCUGAAGAAACAGACACCAAGGGGAGCGAUGCUACUUCACGGAGCUAAUGUCAGCGGGCUGUGAAGGAGACGAACAUAUGCCGGUGUCAUCGCUGCUCUCCUGCGCACGGGCGCUCAAAGCACAGAAGUGGGAUACUGUGUCAAUGGACCGCGGCGUUUUUAUUUUCUUUUCCAAAGCAGCCGAAUAAAGUAACGACGGAUUAUAGUCCCGCUGUGGAUGGGCGCGGGGGGCGACUGCGCUCCGGCUUUGCUUAUCGUUUGAAGUGAGAUUUCUGUCGAAGACGCCGUCGAAGAUGUCGACCAGCAGUCCCGAAGCGGUGAAGAAAUUGCUGGAGAACAUGCAGACGGACCUGCGGUCUCUGUCCAUGGAGUGCAAGAAGAAAUUCCCCCCAGUCAAAGAGGCCGCAGAGUCUGGCAUUGUGAAGAUUAAGACCAUUGCAGCCAGGAAUACAGACAUUCUAGCAGCUCUAAAGGAGAACAGCUCAGAGGUCGUGCAGCCUUUUCUGAUGGGCUGUGGCACCAAAGAGCCAAAGAUCACCCAGCUGUGUCUGGCUGCCAUCCAGAGACUCAUGUCCCAUGAGGUGGUGUCUGAGGCCGCUGCGGGGAACAUCAUCAACAUGUUGUGGCAGCUGAUGGAAAACGGUUUGGAGGAGUUGAAACUUUUACAGACGGUCCUGGUCCUGCUGACAACCAACACAGUCGUACACGAUGAAGUACUUUCCAAGGCUAUUGUGCUAUGCUUUCGUCUGCACUUCACUAAGGACAACAUCACCAACAACACAGCGGCCGCCACCGUCAGACAGGUCGUCACCGUGGUCUUUGAGAGGAUGGUGGCUGAGGAUGAGCGUUUUAAAGGUAUUGUGGAGCAGCCUCCUCCUGUUCAGGGAAACACCAACAGACGGUCUGUUAGUACUCUGAGACCCAGUGCAAAAGAUGCAUACAUGCUGUUCCAGGACUUGUGCCAGCUGGUGAAUGCUGAUGCCCCCUACUGGCUGGUGGGGAUGACAGAGAUGACCCGUACUUUUGGCCUGGAGCUGCUUGAGUCUGUUCUUAAUGAUUUUCCUGGAGUAUUCCUACAGCACCAGGAGUUCAGCUUCCUGCUGAAGGAACGAGUGUGUCCCCUCGUCAUCAAGCUCUUCUCUCCUAACAUCAAGUUCCGGCAGGGCAGCAGCAGCGCCGCCUCACCAGCACCUGUGGAGAAACCUUACUUUCCCAUCUGCAUGAGGCUGCUGCGCGUGGUUUCAGUCCUCAUUAAGCACUUCUACAGCUUGCUGGUGACCGAGUGUGAGAUCUUCUUGUCUCUGCUGGUGAAAUUUCUAGAUGGGGAGAAGCCACAGUGGCUGAGAGCGGUGGCUGUGGAAUCAGUCCAUAGGCUAUGUGUGCAGCCACAUUUAUUACGGUCAUUCUGCCAAUCAUAUGACAUGAAGCAGCACUCCACUAAGGUAUUCAGAGACAUCGUCAACGCCUUGGGCUCCUUCAUUCAGUCCCUCUUCAUCGUCAACAAUGCGGGCAACACUGCAGCCGUCAGUGCACCUGCUGGUGGCUCGGGUUCGGGGGCCCAGGGCACAGCACAGGGUGGCCCAGGAACAGGAGGGGUCAGCGGCAACCUGACCACGCAGGCUGCAUUCGAAUACCGUGGUACCUGGAUCCCCCUCAUGACUGUUAGCGUCCAGGGCAGCGCCAAGGCCACUUAUCUAGAAAUGCUGGACAAGGUGGAGCCCCCGUCCAUCCCGGAGGGCUACGCCAUGUCUGUGGCCUUCAGUGCCCUACUAGACCUGGUGCGGGGCAUCACCUCUAUGAUUGAAAGAGAAUUGGCUACGGAGGAGGAGGCAGCUGCUGAGUUCAGAGAGGCACAUCCUGAUCAGGAGUGGCAGCCACAACCUGGAGCCCACCUGGUGUGGGAGGAGAUGGUCAGUGCCUGCUGGUGUGGUCUACUGGCUGCUCUAUCUCUGCUACUAGACGCCAGCACCGAUGAGACAGCCACAGAGAACAUCUUAAAGGCAGAGCUGACCAUGGCCUCUCUGUGUGGUCGUCUGGGCCUGGUGACGCCCCGUGACGCUUUCAUUACAGCCAUCUGCAAGGCCUCUCUGCCGCCGCAUUAUACCCUGACCGCUCUGAGCAGCAACACCGCCAACCUCUCCAGCAAAGCCUACUCGAUCCAGGGCCAGAGUGUUCAAAUUAUCAGCCCCUCCAGUGAAUCCCAUCAGCAGGUGGUUGCUGUUGGGCAGCCGCUCACUGCCCAGCCCCAGGGCACUGUAGUGCUGACUGCCAAGAACAUCCAGUGUAUGCGUACCCUGUUGAACCUGGCUCACUGCCAUGGGGCUGUGCUGGGCAGCUCCUGGCAGCUGGUGCUAGCGACACUGCAGCAUUUAGUGUGGAUCCUGGGGCUGAAGCCAGGAGUGGGCGGUGCCCUGAAGCCUGGUCGAGCUGUGGAGGGACCCAGUACAGUGCUGACCACAGCCGUGAUGACAGACCUACCCAUCAUCUCCAACAUUCUGUCCAGACUUUUUGAGAGCUCCCAGUACCUGGAUGAUGUGUCCCUGCAUCAUCUGAUCAACGCUCUCUGUUCCCUCUCCCUGGAAGCCAUGGAGAUGGCUUAUGGAAAUAACAAGGAACCAUCUCUGUUUGCUGUGGCCAAGCUGCUGGAGACUGGCCUUGUCAACAUGGAUCGUAUAGAGAUCCUGUGGAGACCCCUAACUGGCCACUUAUUGGAGAAGGUCUGUCAGCACCCAAACUCCAGGAUGAGAGAGUGGGGGGCUGAGGCGUUGACAGCGCUUAUCAAAGCUGGCCUGGCCUUCAAACACGACCCUCCACUGGCCCAAAAUCAGCGGCUGCAGCUUCUGUUGCUGAACCCCCUGAAGGAGUUGUCCAACGUGCUGCAUGCAGAUAUCCGGCAGAAACAGCUGGAGAGUGUCCUGCAGAUCCUACAGAGUCAGGGAGACAGCCUGGGGCCCGGCUGGCCCCUCGUCUUGGGUGUUAUAGGAGCCAUCCGCAAUGAUCAAGGUGAGUCAUUGAUCCGAACAGCCUUCCAGUGCCUGCAGUUGGUGGUGACAGACUUCCUGCCCACCAUGCCUUGCACGUGCCUCCAGAUCGUAGUGGAUGUAGCUGGCAGCUUUGGCCUGCAGAACCAAGAGCUCAACAUCAGCCUCACCUCCAUUGGCCUGCUGUGGAACAUUUCGGACUACUUCUUUCAAAGGGGCGAGGCCAUCACACAAGAGUUGGGGAGGGAGGAGGAAGCGUUGCAGAAGCAGGCCCAGGAGAAAGGAGAGACCCUGAACAGGCCGUUCCAUCCCGCCCCUCCUUUUGAUUGCUUGUGGCUGUGCCUCUACGCUAAGCUGGGCGAGCUGUGUGUCGACCCACGGCCCGCUGUGCGUAAAAGCGCCGGGCAGACAUUGUUCUCCACCAUCGCUGCCCACGGGACCCUGCUGCAGCAGCCAACGUGGCAUAUUGUGAUCUGGAAGGUACUGUUCCACCUGCUAGACUGUGUGAGGACAUCCUCCACCACAGCAGACAAGGAGAAAAUUGAGUCCGGUGGCGGGAACAUCCUCAUCCACCACUCACGCGACACAGCUGAAAAACAAUGGGCGGAAACAUGGGUGCUGACACUAGCCGGGGUGGCUCGCAUUUUCAACACGAGGCGCUAUCUCCUCCAGCAGUUAGGUGAUUUCUUCGAGGCCUGGGAGGUGCUGCUGAACCACAUUCAGUCAGCUGCUCUCAGCAAAAACAACGAGGUGUCGCUGGCUGCCCUUAAGAGCUUUCAAGAGAUCCUACAGAUUGUUACACCUGUUAAAGACUCAGACAAAGCAGGUGAUGCAUUUGCUGCUAUGGGCGUCCCCCCAGUGCUCAUUGACCCCCUCUCAGCGUCUGGUCCUGGCAGACCCCUGGUGCGUUCAGAUUCGCUUGUCGAGCGGCUCACGCGAUACAACGGCGCUGAGCUGCAGGCCCCUCCCCCAGGGGAGGAGUCGGCCUUGGAAGACUCGGCAUUGUGGUGGUCAGCGUGGAACACGUGGUAUCGAACUGGAACAGACAGCACGAGGCCUCCUAGUGGCCCGACAGAGAAGCUCUCAUUCAUCCCUAGCCAGCCAUUCCUCACAGCAUUGAUCCAGAUAUUCCCUGCACUCUACCAGCACAUAAAAGCUAACUUCAGCAUGGAGGAUCUGAAGAAGCUGGGGGUCAUCCUCCAUGGGGCAGUAUCUGUGCCUAUCAGCAGCGAUGCCUCGCCCUUCAUCCUCCCCUCCUACACUGAGGCGGUGCUCACCAGCCUCCAGGAAGCUGUGCUCACAUCUCUGGAUGUUUUGCAGAAGGCCAUCUGUGUGGGCCCGGAGAACCUGCAGGUCAUGUACCCAGCCAUCUUUGAACAGCUGCUACUCUUCGUGGAGUUCUCCUGCAAGCCUCCUCAGUAUGGCAGAGUGGAAACCAAACACGUGGCCAAUGCCAAAUACAACCAGAUCCAGCUGUUUGCACCGGCAGAAUGGGUUGCCUUAAACUACGUGCCCUUUGCUGAGCGCUCCUUGGAGGUGAUGGUGGACCUGUACCAUAAAACAGCGUGCCACAAAGCUGUCAUCAAUGAAAAAGUUCUGCAGAACAUCAUCAAGACUUUAAGAAUGCCCUUGGGUUUGAAAUAUGCGUGUCCAUCAGAGAGCACCUGGAAGCUCGCAGUGUCAUCUCUGCUCAAGGUGCUGUCUAUAGGACUGCCAGUGGCACGCCAGCAUGCCUCAUCUGGAAAGUUCGACACUAUGUGGCCAGAGCUGGCCAAUGCCUUUGAAGACUUUCUUUUUACCAAAAGCACACCUCCAGAUAACCUUUCCAUCCAGGAAUUUCAGAAGAAUGAAGCCAUUGAUGUAGAGGUGGUUCAGCUGAUCAGCACAGAGAUUUUGCCGUUUGCCAAUUUCAUCCCCAAAGACUUUGUUGGCCAGAUCAUGGCUAUGCUCAAUAGAGGCUCCAUUCACUCACAGUCUCCCUCAUUCACAGAGGCAGAGAUCGAUGUGCGGAUGAGGGAGGAGUUUUCUAAGGUGUGUUUCGAGACACUGCUGCAGUUUUCUUUCAGCAACAAGGUGUCCACUCCACAGGAGGGCUACAUCUCUCGUAUGGCGCUCUCCGUGCUCCUCAAGAGAUCGCAGGAUGUUCUCCGACGCUACGUAGAGGAUGAGAGGUUGAGCGGACGCUGCCCCCUGCCCAGGCAACAAGUGACAGAGAUUAUCUUUGUCUUGAAAGCUAUCAGCACUUUGAUGGACUCUCUUAAAAAGACUCAGCCCGAAAAUGUGGAUGGCAACACAUGGGCUCAAGUGAUUGCCCUGUACCCCACGCUGGUAGAGUGCAUUACGUGCUCCUCGUCUGAGGUGAGCUCGGCCCUGAAGGAGGCCCUGGGGCCCUUUAAAGACUUUAUGCAGCCACCCGUCUCCAGAGUUCAGAACGGAGAAUCCUGACCAGGCUCGCCCGCAGAUCUUUGUUUUUAUAAUGAAGAAAUCUUGAAUGUGUCUUCUCGACCUACGUGCUUUAAAAGUGCACGGACAUGAACUCCAUGUGGGCCCCAUCUACAGUGACAUGAAGCAACCCACGGUGAACAGAGAGCCGAGGCCCACCCAGACCACGUUGAUGACCCUGACCUUCAUACGCAUCAUCGUAUGCUUCUCAUGUGAGCUGAUAACGCCUCUCUGCUCCCCCCCCCCCGCCUUCCUCGCGAUUCUCAUACGGACUGACUGCACUCUUGUGUUAACUACAGAGAUUUAAAAAAAAUAAUAAUAAUUCCAGUGUUGCCUCUGGGUUUAGUUUGUUCAUUCUCCUUCCGAGGCCGAAUCGAUGUACAGUGUGUGGUGAUAGUGAUGAUGUAAUUAAGAAAAAAAUGCAAAAACUGGGGCUUUAUUGAUCUUAAAAAUAAACACUUAGACUUUUGCAACAUUUUCAGCAGUGAGGAUUUUAUGCAAGAAAACAAAUCUUACUGUAACAUUCCAUGUCAUCUUUAGCCAGCCAUCUGAGAAGGGAUGUACUUGUCUGUAUAAAAUAAAUGGGACAAUUCUACAAUCA